AGAAUUGCUGUAAGAAACAUCUGUUUUUCUGGCGGGGGAAUACCCUUCAGCAUUACGUCAUUUCAUCUAGAGGAGGUUACUUCGAUUUGUUCACGUAAAAUUAAAAAUGGGUAGUACUACAAAUAACCACAUUUCCCUGACAUACGAUGAAGUAGUUCACAACAAGAUCAGAUCACUGGAAAUCAUCGAGGAGCAAAUAGCAAAUGCAUUGAGCAUCAUUCCAACUUAUCAGCAGCCGAUCAAUACUGCAAAAGCUUUUAAUGAAGAAUUCAUUGACUUAUGCCGCGAACUUCGUUGUAAUCUUGAUUUCGCUGUGAGCAAUAUCAAGACUUUUAAAAGUGCCUGCAGUAACGAAGGUAGUGAACUAAAGUCAGCCAAAGUUGACCAAGAUGACUUGUUAAAAACAAAGUGGAAGCGCCUUGGUGAAGGAGGUUCCAAUGUAUUUGAAGCCAAGCUUGGAGGGAAUACAGUGGCUAUAAAAGUACUGGAGGAUUUCAAACAGUCGAAGGCUCUAUUCACAGAAGGGAAACUUUUGAGAGAUUUUCGACAUGAUAAUAUCGUAGCAUUCAGAGGCAUGGAUAUCCUAGAGACUGACAUCCCAGAACUUAACCUACAGGCAUCAAGUCCAUUCAUUGUGAUGGAAUUCAUCUCAAAUAAUUUAUAUAAGUAUGUAGAGAGUCAAAGAACUCCAGAAAAUUCAGGACUACCCAUUGGCUUGGUCUGGAAUUUAGGUAGACAAGUGGCAAAUGGGCUGUUUUAUCUGCAUAGCUUGAAACCUGGUGUCAGUCACAGAGAUUUGAAUCCUGACAAAUUAUUGCUUGACAUCAGGAGUAUGAGAGUAAAACUAUCUCAUCCAAUUAUUGCAUUGAAUCAAAGGAUGGAUUCUUUCUAUAAUGCAAGGUGGACUGCACCAGAAAUCUGGGAAUAUGUAGAUGAAGCUGAUGAACUGAAUGAAGAAGUCCUUGAUGACCAAUAUCAUUCAGAUGAAGUAUUUUUUCUGAGAGCUGAUAUCUACUCAUAUGGUCAAGUCAUAGCAUAUCUUCUGACUGGAGAAUCUCCUUGGCAAGGUCAUCAUACUGCCAGUGUUGAAAAUCUCAGAAAUUUCAUUGAGAAAGAAAACAAGGUUAAUGUGCCCGAGAAAUUCGGAGGUCCACUUAAGCAAAUCAUUGAAGCUUGCAGAGAAGAGAAUCCAGAAAAAAGGCCCACCAUGCAAGAACUUAUUUAUAACUAUUUUUCAACGGAUUCAAACCCAUAUCAGUCUGAUGCUGAAAGUGCAGAAUUCUUCUGCUGUGGAUUUCUAAAUGAUACCAAGAUGUUUGUAGCAGACAGCCUUGUUGAUGAGUCUAGUGAAGGAUACUUCAAGACAAAGGAAACGCCACAAGGGUAUCCUGCGGAUUGUUUCGUGUGUGAAGUUGAAGUUGGUAAUAAGCAAUACAACGGUUGUCCCAGAGAGGAGAAUUGGCCUUAUGAGCAGAAAUACAAGGAAUAUUAUGCACAUUUUAGACAAGCAGCUCUCGAUAAAAAGAUUGCAGACAAUCCCACCAUUGCCUUAAAACAUCUUGUGACUCCUCGAGAAGAUGAAGAAGAACGUCAAGAAAUCCUACUCAAGUUUCGUCAGUCCACGUACUGCCACCAUCGUGCAAUGCGAGAAGUAUGGAUGAAAGUUCUUGAUGAUUCAAAAAGAGCAGAGGUUGUGCCUUGUAAGAGUGUCAUCAACAAAACUUUCAGUACUUCGUUUGGUCUUCAUGUGGCUGUUUUGACGGCUGARUCYCCACCGAAAUUCAUCUUUGCUCGACGAGCGAACAGAGAAGGAAUAGCAACACCUGGCAAGUUUACUUGUGGAGCUGUUGAGAGUUCUUCUACUAAAGACUACAAGAAAAUAGAUGAAUCAGGAAAAAAAGCCUUCGUUGAUCUAGUUCAGACGGCUGUGCGUGGUCUAGAGGAGAAACUGCGCAUAGAACUAAAAGGCGACGAUGUCCAAGCUAUUUCCCUGUCUACCGUAUAUCUCGAGUAUGACACACAUGAAUGGGGUUUAUGUGGAUUUAUAAACCUCUCCGACCACCGUAUUGAUCCAUCAAGAAGGUUGACAUUUGAUCAACUAGGCUCACGCUUCAGCGCAGGACCAAAGGAUAAGUUUGAGUAUGAGGAACUUAAAGCUGUGGAUUUUACAUUGCCCACGAUGGUUGAAUUUGUAAGGGAGAACUACCAUAAUUUUGCGAGUUCUGCCAAGUUGGUUGUUGUUAAAGUUUUGCAAUCUUUCUUUGGUGUUUCAGCAGUGGAAAAAGCAUUUCAGUCUUAUAAGGACCAGUAAUUAUAACUUCAUACAGAAUCAAGACGACAUACGGCGAUUUUCUGUCUAACAUGAAAAAAAUGGUAUUGUCCUCACAAAUUCAGUCUUAAAUCUAUCAUGCUGGAACACAUUUAGAUGAGAGAGGAUAAAGAAUUCUGUAAUUUUUUUGAAAACAAACCGUUUAAAAAACACUGAGGUAUAAACAAACAAACGAACCUCUGAAAUUGAAAGUUGAGUUUUAAAUUUACUGUAGUUAAGGGAGUUUUGAGUUUUUAAGUACCAAUUAAUAAAAUAUCACUGGUCUAUACGCAAUGUUCUGUCCCACAAUUGUAAACACAGCAUGAUUCAAUUAAAUCCACUGUAUUGCUAUUU